AUUUUGACCAUCAAUUAUUUCUAAACGGUUUGUUUCGUAUUAUACUGUUAUGCUGUGUUUAAUUAUUUCCAAAGAAUACCUGAAUUAUUGAUUAAUAUUAAGGUUUGCUAAUUUACACCUCAAAAUGGCUAGAAAUGCAGAAAAGGCAAUGACCACUCUUGCCCGUUGGAGGGCAGCCCAGGAAAAAGAACAUGGUGGUAAAGAAGAGCGUAGGCCAUAUUUAGCUACUGAAUGUACAGAUCUUAAAGCUGCUGAAAAGUGGAGAGUUCAAAUUAUUAGAGAAAUUUCUAAAAAAGUAGCACAAAUUCAAAAUGCUGGUUUAGGAGAGUUUAGAUUACGCGAUCUUAAUGAUGAAAUUAACAAAUUACUACGAGAGAAAAAACAUUGGGAAUAUCAAAUUCGAGAAUUAGGAGGUCCAGAUUUUUUACGAAUGGGACCACGGAUGCUUGAUCAUGAAGGUAGGGAAGUCCCUGGUAAUAGGGGUUAUAAGUAUUUUGGUGCUGCAAAAGAUUUACCUGGUGUUAGAGAAUUAUUUGAACAUGAACCUCCUCCACCACCCCGUCGAACUAGAGCUGAAUUAAUGAAAAAUAUUGAUGCUGAUUAUUAUGGCUACAUGGAUGAAGAAGAUGGUCUUUUAUUAGCUAUGGAGUCUAAGAAGGAAAAACAACUUUUGGAAGAAGAAGGAAAAAAAAAGUUACUUAAUAAUGAUAUAGAUAUGGCGUUUGAGGAAGUUGAUAGUGAUGAUGAAGAUAUUUCAUCUAUGUUCAGUAGUUCUAGAUAUAUUCAACCGCCACCUGUUCCAACUGAUCAAGAUAUUCAAAAUUUAAUACUGGAGUACAAAAAACGUGAACUUCUUGAAACAUAUGCAGGUAUAGGAGAAAAACAAGAACAUGAAGAUCUUGAAGAUCUUGCCAAUAUAUCAUCAUCAGAUGAUGAAUCAAUUUUAAAAAAACUAUAGUACAUUGCAAUAUAUAAUAAAAAUUUUUAAGUUUUUACCUUUUUUUUUAAUUGUUAAAAAAACUUAAUUUUCUAAGUGUAGAUCUACUUCAAUUAAUCCACGACAAAUAAAUGAAAAUUCUUUUACUGCA